UCUCCAUACCCGUAGGGUUCGCGACUCGAGUGCACGGAUCGGUCGCCUGAUCGUUGUUCUCUUUCUCCGCGCUACGAGCAGAUACUACUGGAGUGACUAACUUUCCUCAGGCAUUUCAGGAGAUUUCCUUGAUUUUCUGCAGUCAGUUAGUCUUUGCGGUGCCUGACUCCACAUUGUGUAAACGCUCUCUCUGUCCUUCGCGAUGAGUGCCAUCGGAAUCGAUUUGGGCACGACGUACUCCUGCGUCGGUGUCUUCCAGCGCGGCAAAGUGGAGAUCAUCGCCAACGACCAGGGCAACCGUACCACGCCUAGCUAUGUGGCCUUCAACGAUACCGAGCGUCUCAUCGGUGACGCAGCCAAGAACCAGGUGGCCAUGAACCCGACCAACACCGUCUUCGAUGCGAAGCGAUUGAUUGGUCGGCGAUUCGACGACGAAACUGUGACGUCUGACCGAAAGCACUGGCCUUUCAAGGUGGUUAGGGAUGGCUCGAAGCCCAAGAUUGAGGUCGAGUACAAGUCGAAGAAGAAGACAUUCUGCCCAGAAGAGAUCUCCUCCAUGGUGCUGACCAAGAUGAAGGAGACUGCCGAAGCCUACCUCGGAAAAGGUAUCAGCAAUGCUGUGAUCACCGUACCCACCAUUUUCAAUGACUCCCAGCGACAGGCUACGAAAGAUGCCGGCACCAUCUGCGGCCUCAAUGUUCUGCGUAUCAUCAACGAGCCAACUGCGGCAGCCAUUGCGUACGGUCUCGACAAGAAGCAGGGCGGUAAGCGCAACGUUCUGGUUUUCGAUCUUGGCGGCGGAACCUUCGGUGUGUCUGUACUCACGAUUGAGGAUGGCAUCUUCGAGGUCGAAUCCACGGCUGGUGACACUCACUUGGGCGGUGAAGAUUUUGACAACAGACUUGUCAACCAUUUCCUCGCAGAGUUCAAGCGAAAGCACAAGAAGGACCUGGGCAACAACAAGCGCGCUGUCCGUCGCCUACGCACUGCCUGCGAGCGAGCGAAGCGCACGCUCUCCUCGAGCACGCAAGCAAGCAUUGAAAUAUACUCCCUGUUCGAGGGUGUCGACUUCUACACGUCCAUCACUCGUGCUCGAUUUGAGGAGCUGUGUGCUGAUCUCUUCCGUGGCACCCUUGAUCCUGUUGAGAAGGCCAUGCGCGAUGCAAAGCUUGGCAAAGGUGAAGUCCAUGACUUGGUCUUGGUUGGUGGCUCAACGCGUAUUCCAAAGGUCCAGAAACUCCUCCAAGACUUCUUCAACGGCAAGGAGCUGAACAAGAGCAUGAAUCCUGAUGAAGCUGUUGCCUAUGGUGCGGCUGUGCUGGCAGCUAUUCUGUCUGGUGACAAAAGUGAGGCCGUUCAGGACCUACUUCUGCUCGAUGUUGCACCUCUCUCGCUGGGUAUCGAGACUGCCGGCGGUGUGAUGGCCUCGCUUAUCAAGCGGAACACCGACGUCCCAACGAAACAAACACAGACUUUCACCACGUACUCUGAUAACCAGCCCGGUGUACUGAUCCAGGUGUAUGAAGGUGAGCGUGCCAUGACCCGUGACAACAACUUGCUGGGCAAGUUUGAGCUGGUUGAUAUUCCUCCAACACUGCGCGGUAUACCCCAGAUUGAGGUCACAUUCGACAUCGAUGCCAACGGUAUUCUCAACGUCAGUGCUGUUGACAAGAGCACCGGCAAGGAGAACAAGAUCACCAUCACCAAUGACAAGGGCCGUCUCUCCAAGGAAGACAUCGAGCGUAUGGUCAACGACGCUGAGAAGUACCGCCAAGAAGAUGAAGCCCAGAGGGAUCGUAUUGGCGCUAAGAACAGUCUUGAGAGCUAUGCUUUCAACAUGAAAAGCUCCAUUGAGGACGAAAAAGUCGCGGACAAGAUCGAUGAGGCUGACAAGAAGACCAUUCUUGACAAGUGUAGUGAAGUGAUCCAGUGGCUCGACGCGAACCAGUCGGCCGAGAAGGAUGAGUACGAGUAUCAGCAGAAGGAGGCCGAGAAGGUCUGCACGCCUAUCAUGACCAAGCUGUACGCUGGUGCUGGUGGUGCUCCUGGUGGUAUGCCCGGUGGUAUGCCCGGUGGUCAGCCAGCUGGAGGCAGCAGCAGCGCCUCGGGCCCCACCAUUGAGGAAGUUGAUUAAUUUAUUAUUGUGGUGUUGAACAAAACGUGUCCUGGGUUCUGAUGAAAUACUGUCCUAAAGCUUAACUCAGUUUAUGCUCCCAUUCCUUGCCAAUUAUUCCCGUAGCUAUGCAGAAGACGUUACUUCAGGCGCGUCUGGCGCUAGCCAGGGUCCACACAGCUUUCAUUUGGUGUUUGUGUGUUUGUGUCACGCCUGGCGCUAUCCCGUAUCUGUCCCGUACCGUACCGUACCAUCAAACACAGCUGGCCACAUACAGCUGGCCGCACUAUUCAAAUAGGGCUUUCAAACGCAAGAUCAUAACUUGAA